UAGAAAUCCAAGUUGGAACCACUAACCCAAAAGAAAAGGUUCAAAUAGCAAUUGGAGGAACUGUCAAAUAUAAAAUUUCAGCACAAAGUGGACAAACUCAUUUGGCAUCAUUAGACCACGCUGUAUGCAAUAACUGGCAGAUAAAAUGGGAAUGGAAUUCAUUGAAUGAGUCAUUCAAACUCUCCUCACUGCCUUUAAAAGAUAUUUAUAUCUCUCCUUCGAUGUUAAAUUCAAGAAACUUUGCAUUCCAAUUGUAAGAGAACCUACAAGUUCUUCAUCUCUUCUUGGUCCUGAUGAGAUCAUAACAAAAUUUAUAGUUGUUUUUAGCUUCAGAAUCACUUUUCCUACAAAGUUCCAGAGCCAAAGCUUAGCCUGCUCUUCCUUCUUCAAUGGAUUUCAAACUGCACUUAGUGGUUGAACAUAUGGAGGAUUUACCUGUGGAUAGCCAUGACUGCAACGUGAUUGCAAAGGUGGAAUGGAGAGGGAACGAAAGGAAAGCUGGAUUUUUGGCAAGAGGGUUUGAAAGGAAAUAUACAAGUCAGCAGAAAGUACAGGAAAAGGGCAUUGUGAUCUGGAAUGAAGGAUUUGAUCAUACUUGCAAGUUUAAGAGAGAAAGAUCUGGGAUUUAUAGGAGUUGGUUUAUUGCCAUUCAAAUUGAGGAAGUUCAGGAAAGAGGAAAGAGGAAAAAUAUAGGCAAAGCAAAGGUGGAUGUUGUUGAAUUUAUCUCAAACGUUGAGAAUGAUAAAAUCAUCAUGAUUCCAAUCGACUGCAGCAUCGGUGGCCAUAUUUCCGAGGCCAUGCUAAUGGUCAAACUGCAGCUUAUCAAAGUAGAAUCAAAAGAUAGAAGGCGAGUAACCCCAACACCUGCUCUCAGUCUAUGCUUCGUUUCGCGCAGAUUUCAACUGAACUCAAGCAGAAAAACGAAAAGCAUCCUGGACUCAUCGACCAAAACCAUGAAGCAAAAAAAAACAUCUUUUGCUAGGCUACUUAGUUUGAGCACCAAAAAGCUAGACCAGGAAGGAAUAAUCAAGCCCAAAGGUCCACCUCUUCUAGCCAAUGGAUGUGCAGAAGAUGGAGACGACAUUGAUAAUGAAUGGCACCACCAAUCAUGUAUUCAGUUUUUAACAGCGUUCAAGAAAGUGAAGGUGAGACCAGAAGAAAAUUUAAGACCUAAAUUUGAAGUUGGUAAAUGGGAGAGGACAAAAUUAGUAAGCAGAGACGAAAAAUUCGAGCUUGCCACUGAAGUGUUUCUUGCAUCCAUCGAUCAGCGCAGUAAAAGAGCUGCAGGUGGGAGUGCCUGCACUGUUCUUGCAGCAGUCAUUGCAGACUGGUUGCACAACAAUCCAAAGUCUCUACCAUUGCAGCGCCAAUUUGAUGAACUGGUACUCAAAGGAUCACUGGAAUGGAGAAAUCUAUGUUCAGAAGAGAAUCACAAGGUGAAGUUCUCAGACAAGCAUUUUGAUCUCGACACAGUUUUAGAAGCAAAAGUCAGGUCUUUGACAGUAGCCACAGAGAAGUCUUAUGUAGGUUUCUUUACCAUGGACGAAAUGCCUGAAGGUUUUGACUGGUUGCAAGGAGAUAUGUCUUUCGACAACAUAUGGAAUAACAUCCUAUGCACUGAUGUAUCAGAGGAAAGAAUAUAUAUUGUAAGUUGGAAUGACCAUUUCUUCGUUCUGAAGGUAGAAAGUGACGCCAUUUAUCUGCUCGACACGUUAGGAGAGCGGCUAUCGGAGGGAUGCAACCACGCAUACAUUUUGAAGUUUGAUGCAGAAACUUCAAUUUACAGGCAUAAUAAAGAUGAUAAGGAAAGGAGUUCAAAGGAUUUAGUAAGUGAAGGAAUUGCAAGUUGUAAAGAAUAUAUUAAAGGAUUCCUCUCAGCAAUUCCAAUAAGAGAACUUCAGCAGGAUAUUAAGAGUGAACGGGCAAAAGAAGAGCUUCUGCACCGCCUGCUGCAAAUAGACUUCCACUACACUGCUCCAGCUUGCACUGGGAAGACUGACUGAAACUGAACAAGCUAGAGGAUCAAAAACAUAUAAAAAUUUGUUUUGGUAUUCCUCUUCAACAUCGAUCAUUCAUACUAACCAUAUCUCAAAAGUUUUGUGGCUUGGUUUGUUAAUUCUUUUUAAUUUGUUCCUCAUUACUUGAGUACUUCAUCAGCUGGUGCAAUCCUAUUUUAGCCUAAUCAUUAUACUAAAGGAUAGAGAUGAGAUGUUUGUUCUUGACACCAAAAGUAUACUAAUAGCCUGAAGGUUCCUCUGGCUCCGUAUUAAUACUGAAA